AAAUGAAAAGCUAUAUGAAUUUGAAUGCUUUGAAAGAGGUUCACUUCAUCAAAGUUCUCUCUUUAUACCACUUUAUAUAUACAAAGACUCCGUCUAUCGCCAUCACAGUGAUCCAAUAUUGGGCUUGUUCUUCUAUCUAUUUCACAUAUACAUUAAUUAGUUCAUCAAUGGCAAGCGUUGAAGGGGCAAAAGAGGGGAAGACGAGGAGGAACUCUUCCGAUCACCUGUCGUUCCAAGAUAUUGUUCCAUCUUCUGGUUGGAGUGAGGAUGAAAAAUGUCAUUAUCUCCUUGUUGAUCUUCCUGGUUUCAAGAGGGAGGAGGUGAAGCUUCAAGUUGAUUAUCAGACCAACCAACUGAUGGCCAGUGGAGAAAGGCGGGUAAGUGAAUUAAAAUACAUCCGGUUUAAACAGACCUUUAAACUGCCAAACAAUUCAGAUAUCGAAAAGAUCACUGGAAAAUUUGAAGGCGAAAUUCUCUAUGUAAUUGUCCCUAAAGUCAAGGAACAGAAGGAAGAACCUAAGGAGGAGAAAGGGACUGCCAGCACCGUUGCAGAAGAGAAUGUGAAUGAGAAGCCCAACAAUGGUGAUGACAAACAAGGUGAGAAUAUAGAUGGGGAGAGAAACAAACAGUGUGAAGGUGUGGAUAAAGUGUUCAAAGAGAAAUUAGGGCAUGAUGCUGGUCUAUUGGAAUGCGUGAUAUCAAAGUUGAGAAAGAACAAGGGGAUUGUUAUGACAGCCAUCUUAGCAUUUUCUUUGGGGGUGUUUAUCACUCGAAAAUUUGAAUCAGGUGGGGAAUGAGGAAGUUGUGUUCUACCUGCAUCUUUGUUUAUAAUGUGUUCUUAUCCCAUGAUUAUGCUUCUCAGUAUAGUAUAUGUUCACAUUGGCAUGACAUAUGCCCAUGUACAGAAUAAAAGUGCUUCAUAUUGUUUGUAUUUUUUUUCUAA